GGACCCGCGUGAGAGGAGGAGGGGCGGGGCACGGACGCCGGCGCCGCUGCCAUGGUCCCGCUGCCCGCGCGCCGCGCGCUCCUCGCGGCCGCCCUGGGCCCCGCCGGCCGCGGCCGCCUCCCCCGUCACCAUGCUCCGGCGGCGGCGGCGCGACCCUUCUCGGGCGCGGGGGGCCAGGAGGAGGCCGAGGGUGCCAGCCGGGCCACCGCCAUGCUGCGGCACCUGCUGCUCAAGCUGCGGGCCACCGGGCCGGUGACGGUGGCCGAGUACAUGCGGGAGGCGCUCACCAACCCCGGCCAGGGUUACUACACGCGGCGCGGCGGCAUCGGCGAAAGCGGGGAUUUCGUCACCUCACCUGAAAUAAGUCAGGUGUUCGGCGAGUUAAUAGGAAUAUGGUAUAUUAGUGAAUGGAUAGCCAUGGGCAAACCUAAAGCGUUCCAGCUGGUGGAACUGGGCCCAGGGAGGGGCACUCUUACCGAUGAUAUAUUACGGGUCUUCAAGCAGCUUGCGUCUUUACUAAGUAAAUGUGAUGUCUCUAUUCAUCUGGUAGAGGUGAGUCCCAAACUCAGUGAGAUCCAAGCGCUGAUGCUGACAGGGGGGAAGGUGCAGUCAAACCCCGAGGACAAGUCUGCUUACAUGAAAGGCGUUAGCAAGACUGGAAUUCCCAUUUCCUGGUACAGAGACAUUCAAGAUGUGCCGCCAGGUUACAGCUUUUACCUAGCACAUGAGUUUUUUGAUGCCCUGCCAAUACAUAAGUUUCAGAAAACAGAGAAAGGCUGGCGUGAAGUGUUGGUUGAUAUAGAUCCAGAUGUUCCUGACCAGCUGCGGUUUGUCCUGUCACCAUCCAGUACCCCUGCGACAGAAAACUUUGUUCAGCCUGAAGAAACACGGGAUCAUGUGGAAGUGUGUCCUGAGGCUGGUGUCAUCAUUCAGAGGCUUGCCUGUCGCAUAGAAAAGGAUGGUGGGGCUGCACUGGUUGCUGAUUAUGGUCAUGAUGGAACCAAAACUGACACUUUCCGGGGUUUCCGUAAUCACAAACUUCAUGAUGUACUGAAAGCUCCAGGAACAGCAGACCUGACAGCAGACGUUGAUUUCGGCUAUCUUCGAAAGAUGGCACAGGGAAGAACAGCCACAUUAGGCCCCAUAAAACAGCGGGAGUUUUUAAAAAACAUGGGCAUUGACCUCCGAUUGCAGGUGCUCUUGCAGAAUUCACGUGACACAGCGACACAUGAGCAGUUACUUCACAGCUAUGAUAUGCUGAUGAACCCCAAGAAGAUGGGGGACCGUUUUAACUUUUUUGCCCUGCUGCCUCACCACAGACUUGCAGAUCCUGACAAGAAACAUAAGCCGGAAUCAAAGUCUCCCUUACCGCCUGUUGCUGGAUUUGGUGAACUCUUACUGAAGUAAUUUCAAAUACCAUAGCAAAAUGUUUAAUAGUAGUAGUUUUCAAUAGCAACUUAUUAAAAAAGAAAAUCAAAGUAAAAACAAGAG